AUGCAAUCGGUGAAGGAGAAAACAAUCAAGCGGGAGUUUGAAGUGAAAGAGGAGGACGUCGUCAAUGACGAUGCAUAUAUCAGUGGCACUUACCACCUGGGUGGAAACGGUUUGAAAGAGAAGGUGUUGAAGGGUAUUUCAGAUGAAGAAGUAUACAAAUUGCAAUUCGAUUGCAUAGAUGAGGCUGAAACAUUUUACAACAUGUUAGCAAAAGUAGCCGGAUUUAGUAUUCGAAAAGAUGAUUUGAAGCGAGACAAGAAUGGAGAUAUAAUAUCUCGAAAGUGGGUGUGUUCUAGAGAAGGACAACGAGCAACAAAGUUUAUUGAAAAUGACAAACGACAACGUGAGCCACGAUCAUUGACUAGAGUUGGAUGUGAAGCUACAUUUCAUAUAGGCUUGAAUAGGAAAGAUGGAAAGUGGAUUGUAAAGGAAUUUAUAGGAGAGCAUAAUCAUAAUUUGGUCGAUGCUAUCAACACACAAUUCCUUCGGUCUCAUCGAACAAUAAGUAAUCCAGAUAAGGCACAAGUUGAUGUUUUGCGUAAAGUAGGUGUUAAAACCACACAAAUUAUGGACUAUAUGGUCAAACAAUCAGGGGGACAUCAACACGUUGGUUUCACACAAAAAGAUAUGUACAAUCACGUUGAUGCAAUGCGUAGAAUUGAAAUUAAAGACGGUGAUGUGGAAGCCGCGUUGGCUUACUUGUGUGGAAAGGCAGAAAUUGAUUCUUCUUUUUUUUAUAAAUUCAACGUCGAUGAAGAAAGUCGACUAACAAACUUGUUUUGGGCUGAUUCAACUGCUCAAAUGGAUUAUGCGUGUUUUGGGGAUGUCCUAGCAUUUGAUACAAUGUAUAGGACAAAUGCCUAUAAAAAGCCUCUAGUAGUGUUGGUUGGUGUUAAUCAUCACCACCAAACUGUGGUCUUUGGUAGUGCGUUAUUGAUAGAUGAAAGUGUUGGUACGUAUGAAUGGGUGUUGGAGAUAUUUCUUAUUGAAAUGAUGAAUAGGAAACCCAUAUCCGUAGUAACUGAUGGAGAUAAAGCUAUGUGUAAGGAAAUUAAAAAAGUACUACCCCAUGCGUGUCAUCGCCUAUGUUCAUGGCAUUUGCAACGAAAUGCAUUCAUGAAUGUGCAUAUUAAGGACUUCACAAGCAUCUUUGCAAGGUGCAUGUUCAUGCGUGGGAGUGCGGAAGAAUUUGAAAAGGUUUGGCAUCAAAUGGUUGAAAAUUUGGGUCUUAAUGAGAAUCGUUGGGUCACCGAGAUUUAUGGGAAACGUAAACAAUGGGCUGAGGCGUAUUUACGUGGAAAAUUCUUUGCAGAGAUGAGAAGCACACAAAGGGCGAUAUUGAGAAUACGGCAAAACGAGGCAAAGGCGGACUUCGAGUCAAACAAUUCCUCACUCGUGCUUUCAACCAAGCUAUCCAUACUUGAAAAUCAUGUUGUGACGGUAUACACGAAAGAAUCCUUCCUUAAAUUUCGGGAGGAGAUGAAGAAUGCAGAGUUAUUCUUUGUGGUAGGCCUUGGAAUGCGAGGGGAGCAUUUGUCGAAUGACCAAUCUGACAUGUAUAUAGAUUAUGGUGAAUUUGGCAAUAUAACAGGAUUUCAGCAAUAUGGACAAACAAUGACAACACCAUGGGAAGGUGGAGAUCUAAACAAAUAUCCAAAUGAGAAAGAUAUGCAACCUUUUUAUUAUUCGUUAAAGGAGUAA